AACUCUUUUAUAGGGACCCUUAAAUUUACUUCGGGGGACACGCUGAUCCUUGGCUAAUCCUUCGUUUUGCGCCUUAUUUGCAAUGUCGCCCAGAAGUAAUGUGCCGCAAGCGUGUCCACCGUCUACAACCUUAAUGUUCUUCAGCAGUAAACAAUGCCCACUUUGUCAACGAUUAAGCGAUGACGUCCGACGAGUUGCAGAUCGCGAUCAUCCACCUGGCAAGCGUCCUGAGGUUGCAGUGCUCCAGGUCGAUGCCGAUGACCAAGUGAAGUGGGCGCCCGAGCUCCUCCACUACAAAGUCACCAACGUUCCCGCGUUCGUACUUUUAGACCGCAAAGGCCAAGCCGUGGCCAGCACCUCACAGCCCCGGCCGUACGAGCAGAUGCGGGGCAUCCUGAACGCCCUAGUGAGCCGAGCCGCGCAACUGCCUCGAUAACCACCACAACCGCCGCCGCCGCCAGCCCGAGCUGCACCAACACGUACCAGUUGGUCCCGGGGCUCUGCUGGACAGGUUGUACCGGUAUUGUAUUAUCCAUCAGCCGCCGCCUGCGGAGCAGUGAUGAGCCGCGGCUCGGUGGGGAUUGUGGAGGCGUUACCGCACCCUUCCGCAUCCUAGUGUGCUGGACUGGUGCCUCCCAGACUUUGGCUACUGCAAUCGGGAGUAUCGUAACCGCGUAACGCAUGCAUGCUUGAGGCCGGUCUUACCCCGGCCCAUCUUCAGCAUGGAGGGUAUAGACCUGACCGGCAGGAUUGGCAGAACAUAACACCCGGCGGGUUAACAUUCUAUCCUGGGGUGGUGGGUGCUGGCAGCGAUACGCCAGUAGUGGCAGCACAUGGGGCCCGCAGCGAUAGCAGAUACCCUCCUGUUGGUCCCGAGCUCAACUCUGCCCCGGCCGCAAAGGAGGUUGCGGACCCCUCCUUCCCAUCAGAGCAGUACAUGCGCAAUAUGACAGCCUACAGAGCGACACACGCAACGGGAUACACAUCAUCUCACCUGGCGCAUGAGGGGGGCAGCAGCAGAGAGUAGCAGAGCGAGUAACAUGCAGAUUUGGCGUACCGGUGACCAUGACAGGCUCUUACC